UCCGUCAAUUUCCGAUAUGUGCCGACUGUAUCCCGGCUAGUUUGUAAACAAAAAAAUUGCACCACAGCGAAAAAUUAAACAAUUUUAGAAAUCAACAGAUGUAGAAGCUAAUAUAAGAAGAUGCCAGAAAUAAAAGUUCAGCAUAUCGUGUCCUUCAGUAGUGAGGAUAAGAAUCAUCCAGCAGAUAAUCUCCUGAAGCCGGAAGGAACACAUAAAUGGAAAUGUGCUGCUUCUGGGGAAAAAAGUAUAUCUGUUGUCAUCCAGUUUGAGAAGGCUUCACAGAUACAGAGUGUAGAUAUAGGAAAUGAGGGAUCAGCUUUUGUGGAGAUUCUGGUAGGCAGAUCAUCAGCUGCAACAGAUCAUGACUACCAGGUAUUACUGGUAGCGUCCUCAUUUAUGACCCCACUAGAGGCACGGAAUGGUACCAACAGGAACAGUGUACGUAUGUUUGAUGCCAGUAAAUUAUCAGCAACAGUCUCCAGUCAGAAGUGGGACAGGGUGAAGAUUGUCUGCACACAGCCAUUUAACAAGACAAGCACAUUUGGUUUAUCAUUUAUAAAGUUCCACGGUCCAUCAGCACCUGGAGAAAAAGGCUCAGGGGAGGGUGAAAAGAAGAUGGGAUUUUUCAAAUUGAAGGCCGACGAUAAAGAUGAUGUUAAAACAGGAAGUCUUUUCUCACAUAGAAAGCCAGAAACAAGUACACCUUCAACUCCAUUAUCAGGUGCUGCAGCAGCUAGAGCAGCAUCAAGGUUAGCGGAACAGUCUAAACCAUGUACUGCUUCACCAUCGUCAUCAUCAUCUACACCAGCUAAACAGUCCCCUAAAAUUGCUUUAGAACCUGCUGCAAAGGGAGAAGAAAAAGGUGCAGAAAAGAAAGUUCCAACUCCAUCACAGAACAGAGAGAAGAGAAAACAUAAUGUAAGUGAUGAUGAGGAUACAGAGGAUGGUGCAAAUCUUAAACCAGCCCUACGUAAACAGUCAACCAGUCUGAGCUCAGUGGCAUCGAGAGACUCAGCAAAGUCUUCUAAACCUCCACCAUUGAAGAAAACUAGAUCUGAGCCACCAAAGGAGUCACCAGUGAAAGAAUUUAGCAGGCUGAUGGAGAAGGUAGUGUUUGUAAUGAGUGGGUACCAAAACCCAUAUAGGGCAGAGCUGAGGGACCGUGCCGUGGCCAUGGGCGCAACCUACAGGCCAGACUGGGGAAAGGGCUGCACACAUCUUAUAUGUGCAUUCCAGAAUACACCAAAGUACAACCAGGUGAAAGGUCGUGGUAGGAUUGUAGAUAAAAAGUGGAUAAACGACUGUUAUAAACAGAAAAAAUUGUUACCAUGGAGAGACUACAGACUCGGAGAUGCUGAUUCACCAGAUGAAGAUUCUGAUGAGGAAGUUUUACCUUCUAAAUCUAGAACAGAAAAACCCAAGCAGAAGACACCAAAGAAAGAAGGUAAAGAAAAGAUACCAGUAGUAGAUGUGGCAGACAGUGAUGAAGAUAUGUAUGGUGGAGACACAGACUCUGGGGAGGACACUGAAGAUGAGAUUAGAAAAAUAAAGGAAGGAAAGAAAAAGAAGAUAAGUCCUAAGAAAAGUCCAAAUAAGGAAAGUCCAAAGAAAGUGGCAGGUGAUGACCCUUAUGAUGUAGAUACAGAUGAAGAUGAAAAGCCAGGACCAAGUAAAGCUGGUGGUGGUGAUGUAGACUCAGAUGGCGAUUCGGGUUUACCGGAACUUCCGGACUUCUUCGCUGAUAAACAUUUCUUUUUGUAUGGUGAGAUGGCUGCUGCUCAAAGACGUCUGAUGACAAGAUUCAUCACUGCAUAUGCUGGUGAACUGGAGGACUAUAUGAGUGAUAAAGUCAAGUAUGUAGUAACUGCUGCAAAAUGGGACAAGAAUUUUGAUGAUGCCCUGUCAGAUAACCCAAAUCUUGUGUUUGUGAAACCAAAAUGGGUUCAGACGUGCCAUGAAAAAUUGAAAUGUGUGCCUCACCAACCAUAUAUAGUUGUUCCUCCUGAAGAUUGAACUGUGGUGAAGAACAACAUGCAUGUGAAAUAAGUGUUUGUGGACAUGAUUUUAGAAAAGGAUGUUAGUAGAGAAAUGCAGAAAUUUUUAGAAGAGGUCGCCAGAUGACCUGUCUUGUACAUGGGAAAGUUUUAGAAACAGUGCAUGUAGAUUUUAUAAGUGAAAUUGCAAGUAGAGUAUAGUGUCUACCAGUGCUAGAAAGUGGUCACCAGUGUCCCAGUGAGCAGAGAUCUCUUUGGAAGGAAAUUACGAACAGUAUUUGAAUAAAAUUUCAUUUUAUUUAAAAUUUGAUACGUUUAAAGCAAUUUUCUGCUGAUAGAAAUGUUAGGCAUGAAUUUCUGCAAAUGAUUAAAGACUUAGGCAGGAUGAAACUGGCUUAAGUGUGGGUAAAAAAUGGGACCAAAUGGCUAAAUAUUUUUUGUCCAUUUACUGUGUAGAUAUGUGAUGUAUUUAUAAAUGAGUUAUACAUUAUUGUAUGAAGAAAAUGUAGCUGUAUAGUUAUAUAGGCAUUGCCUACGAAUCACAUACAUGAUUGCAGUUCAAAUGAACAGAGAUAUGUGAGCAUCAGCUUGUCAAAACUACGCAUUGCUUUUUAAACAUUAUCUACAUUUUUACCAGGUGAACUUAUCCUGAAACAUAAUCUGAAAGAUGUGAGGUUAGUAUUGACCGUGUUUGAAAUAAGGUUUACAUACAGCUUUAAAAACUCUGAAGAUGCUUAUUUGAUAAUACAAUGUUCUAAUUUUAAUAGAUUACUAUCUUCUAUGGCAGCUAAUUUGAACACAACCAGACAUCAUGUUUGGUCGUUUCACCUGUAUAUUGGUAACAUUAUUUAUUCUCAGUUUUACUGUUUCCUGAAUAAUAGAUUUAGGAAAAUGAAAAGCAAUUAUCAGCCUUCGAUAGAUAUGUCAAGUCCAUCAAUCAGCUGUUUAUGUCUGAAUGAAUUAUAUCACUGUUUUUUUUAACAUUCAUGAAUGCCCAUAUUUAGCAUAAAAAAAACAUUCAUGAGUGCCCAUAUUUAGCAUA